AUGUUAUUGCUUUUAGCUUCUUUCAUAAAUUGCCAGUCCAUACUUGGACUAGUGAGUAGGCUUUCAGCACUAACAACUGUUUCUAACGUUUCCCUAAUUAGCAAGCCAAAAGUUCAAAAUUUAUAUAAAUCUUCACCGAUUUUUUUCCAUGUUCCAGGAAGAGAAAUCAGGAAUUUAGUAAUUCGCGGAACGACAUUUGAUAAAGCACAAUCUCCAAUUAGUUUUGGAAGCUGCAACAUUCAAUUAGAUAAUGAUCUUUUUACGCAAUGUGUUUCAGUAAUUGUAUCAUCUGAUAAAUUAGUAUUUGACGCAGACAAGCAAUACAAAGCAAUAAAUUCUUCAAUUACAAUUUCUCGCUGUAUUUUCAAUAUUUUUGGGGAUAUCCAGAAAGAUGCACCAAUUAGUAUUGAAAGAUGCGAUAUGAAAAUUGAAAGAUCCGUCUUUGAAUCUUGCGUUGGUGGCGAAGGAAUAAUUUAUGCUUCAAAUUCAAACGUCACGAUUAGAGUUUCUAAUUUUUCCCAAUGCGUCUCAUACAGAUAUCCAGGCUGCAUCCAUGCCAUAAAUAGCAAAGUCAAUUUAUACUAUAUGCGUUUCCUUGAUAACGAAGCAGCAGGUCUCGCUGGAGUUGGCAGAUUCUACAACUGUUCAUUCCAUGGAGAAAAGGUAGACUGCUUAUUUAACAAAGCAUUUAUGCAUGUUUCAACAUUUCUUUUCGAAUCUUGCAACAGCGUAAUAUUAGUCAGAUGUAAAUUCCUCAGAAAUUACUGUACCAUGCCAUUUGAUGGAUCAGACCAAUUUACAAUCGAUAAACAAAGCGGAACCUUAUCAUUUAAUGAUUGCCCCAGUGUUUACAUCCAAUACUGCACUUUCAUUGGUAAUAUGAUGGACGAUCAAAAUACAAUGCAACCAGCAAUUUACGCUAUGGGAUCUACGAAGAUUAAUACUUAUACUUGCCAAGCAGACCAAAACCUUGACACGUUCUCAGUUUUAGUUGAAGAUACCAGUGGACAAGUCCCUAUUUUAAAGAACAAGCGAUCAAUUGUGAAUUCUUACAUUCCAAACAUGUAUAAGCAUUUAAUUUACAUGAGAGAUAAGUUCUACCACAAAGUUACAGUUCUCUGCGCAUCCGCAAUGUCGCAGAAUUACAUAAUUGCAACAUUUGUGGUAUCAGUUCUUGUUAUAAUCAUUGUUGCAGUAACAAUGAGUGUUAUGUCUGGUGGCUUCAUCUAA